GCGUGCGCAGGUUCCUCAGGCAGGGUAGCACCGCUUGAUAACUGUUCUCCUGAGACGAGGAAAAGAAGCGCUCGGGUUUGGCGAAGUUGAGAAGAAAGCGGUUUGGCCAAUCGCGAGCUCGCCCGGUUCCAGCAUGCGGUUCCUCGGCUGCCUAACGCGCUACGAGCGGAGGUGGCCAGAUGCAAAAGGCUACAGUUCUAUUGAAGUGAAGAACAUGGAUUACAGGAAAUUAUAGGCAACUCCUCAAAAAAGUGAAAGAAAAAGUCUAAUGGAGACCAUGAAGAUUCCAAAACUAUUCUGGGUGUUUGCAAUUUUCACAUGUGCUGCUAUAUAUGCUAUGUAUACCAAGUGGAAUUUUUACUACAGAAGAAAAGGUGUUGACAAAGGUUUGGAAAAGCAGCUUGGUGCUGAGAUCUCAAGAAAACAUGAGGCAGUUCUUUAUGGAAUUAUGUUUGAUGCUGGAAGCACUGGCACCCGUAUACAUGUAUUCCAAUUUGCACAGAAACCAAAAGCAGAACUUCCUAGAUUAAUUGAUACCACAUUCAAAGCAUUAAAACCAGGACUCUCUGCAUAUGCUGACAAUGUGGAUAAGAGUGCUGAAGGAAUAAAUGAGUUAUUGGCAGUUGCUAAAGAAACUGUCCCUAUGCAUUUGUGGAAGUCAACUCCCUUAGUUCUUAAAGCAACCGCUGGCUUAAGAUUGCUGCCAGAAGAAAAGGCACGGAAAUUAUUGGAUAAGGUAAAGGACAUUUUUCAAGAGUCUCCAUUCUUUAUAGGAAAUGAUUGUGUCUCCAUAAUGGAUGGAUCAGAUGAAGGUAUUUCGGCAUGGAUCACAGUCAACUUUUUAACAGAUAGCUUGAAUAAUCCAAUGAAGAAAUGUGUAGGAAUGCUAGAUUUAGGUGGUGGAUCUACUCAAAUCACAUUUCGCCUGAGCACUGAAACAUCUAUAGAGAACUCAACUGCUGAACACAUCAUUUCAUUUAAUUUGUUUAAUACUACAUAUAAACUGAAUUCACACAGUUACUUGGGAUUUGGAUUAAUGUCGGCACGACUGGCAAUUUUAGGAGGAGUUGAAGGCCAAGCCUUGAAAGAAGGUGAAGAACUAACAAGUCCCUGCUUAUCACUUAAUUAUCAAGGUGAAUGGGAACAUGCAAAGAUAAUGUACAAAAUUAAAGGGCAGAAAACAGGAAGGCCACUUUUUGAAUCAUGUCAUAAUGAAAUAUCAAAAGUGCUGAACAAGAAAAUUCACGAAAUAGCCAGAAUAAAGGAUUUGGAUUUCUAUGCUUUUUCCUACUAUUAUGAAUUGGCAGUAGAUGCUGGUCUAAUAGAUAAGAAAAAAGGGGGGAUCCUACCAGUCAGGAAGUUUGAAAGUGCAGCAAAGAAAGUGUGUAAAACAAUGGAGAUUCAACAAGAAAAGCGUCCUUUCUUAUGCAUGGAUCUUACCUACAUCAGUUUGUUGCUGAAACAACUGGGCUUUCCAAAGAAUCACAUUCUUAAGCUGGCCCAGAAGAUUAACAACAUUGAAACCAGCUGGGCUUUGGGUGCAAUUCUUCACUACAUGGAUUCACUUCACAUGCUAUAAUAUUAGGGAUUUACUGUCUGGGGAAAAUGAAUCUAGGAAAUUGGACCCGAUUGGUUCCUUUGAAAAAGGGCUACAAGCAAAAUAUAUGUAUUUUAAAUGUUGACAUCUUUCAGUAAGGGAGGCUAGUGGUUGAGUUUGAUAGUUUAAGGUGCCCAGUAUUGUCCUGGGAUCACAAACACUUAUUCUGAAAAAAAUAAUCCAUAACAGCUAAAAGCAGAAGCAUAUCAGAAAUCAAACCAAAUUAUUAUAACAAAUAUCCUUUGAUUUAUAAUGAACAUUUGCUGAUGAGCUUUGAUUUAUUUGAUGUACUUUAUGAGAAAAGCACUUAACCUUUAGGCAGGUGUUUUGCCAUCUUGAUGCAAGCAUAUAAAACAUCAGAAGCAAGCAACUUUUUAACUGUACCUUUGAAUGUUAGGCUGUAGGCAUUCAGAUUUUAAAAUAUGUAACAAUUUGGGGUAUUUGUUUAAAAACUUUGUUAUGCUUUGUUAAAUUCUUACUGAUACGUAUUUAGAUUGACUUUUGAAAAUCAGCUUUUAAUCCUUCAGAGCCUUGGGGUACUGGUUUAUUUUGGAAGAGAUAAACUGGGCAAGAUGCCUAUUCCCACACAGAAUUCAGUUGAUGUUUUUCCCUUGAUUUUUGACUGCCUUAAGCUUUAUUUCUUUCUGGUGUUUAUUCCAUUCUAUAAUGGUCUUUUUCACUUUUAAAUAGCACAAUGUUUUUUGUUCCUGCUGCCAAGCAAAAGAUAAGAGUGAUAUUAUCUUGCUACAUGCUGUCCUUGUUUAGCAACCACAAUUGAUUCCAGUGAAAUAGUUACUAAGUGAUACAAACAUUAAACAAACUACAUGACUGAGAGACGCCACAAAGAUCAUUGGUUGCUGCCAUUUUGAUAAAGUUCUCUCCUGUAGCAACAUAAGCAUUAGUCUCAUUCUGGUGGAUAUUAUGGUCAAGUGCAGAAAUUUGGGCAAAAGUACAUGCAUUGAUUGGAAAAUGUUUUUACUAUUUAUUACUGUUGUAUUUGUGAACAGUCACUAUCUGAAACAGUUGCUAAGCAAGGACUAUCUGUAUUCAAACUUGAUGAAUCUUUUAAUACGGGUCAUUGCAAUAGCUGAAUGAGUUUUUUGGCAUAGGCUAAAAGCAAGGCAGUAUUGGACCAUGCCAUACAUGUUUUUUGAAAUAUAUUAAUUAGCUAUAAAAUACUUGAAGAAAUUUUUGAUUGUACAAAUUUGUAUGAAAGCCAGAAAGCUUCCUACUCCCAACAUUUAUGCCUAUAUCUGAGAGAUAAUCUGGAAAUUCAGAAAAAAAUGCUUGAAUGUUCCAAUAAUGAUUAUGUGCAUUUGUUUAAUUUUGGUUUAAAUAUUAGAUCAUGUUUAAAAUAAUAUGAAUGUUCCAAAUUUUGUAUAUAUCAAUUCAGUAAAGUGUUUGUAUAUUUAAGGUUCCUUUAGCUAUUGAGAAAACUUCAAAUAAAAUUUUAAAGUAUAACUUCACAGUCUUUUCUUUUAAACAAGUAAAUAUAUUGUUGCACUAAACAAAGAUUGGUGAACUAUAUGAAGAUUAAGAGUAGAAUUCCAACAAUACUAAGGCUGUUUCCAUCCAAGGACUCUGUUCAGAAGCAUGUUUUCUAGCUGGGUUUGAAAGGUGAGCUAGUUUAUCAUUGGAUAGGUUGAAAUGUACUUGAAACUGCAGUAAAAAUGUU